AUGAGAACGGAGGGGUAUCACGGUGGCACUUCUCGGAAGGUUUCCGAUCAAAAGUUCGAGCAAAGAGGCAAGAAAGAAUUACGACCUCAACGUCCACCGCCAUCUGAUUCGCCUCAACUUCCACAAAACAGCCACGCUUGGAGCUUGUACGGGAGUACGACAAAUCCUUCGAAUGGCAAGCCAAGCUCUUCGACAAAUCCGCCAGUUUUGCCGGACUUACCCACUUCUCAUCAAUCAAAGAAAUUCGGCUCAACGACGAAAAAUGACAUUCAAUUCGAUACAAGGGAAAUAAAAACGUUUGGUGAUAGCUGGAAACAUUCGUCGAUCGAAGUGCAGAGAUUGUUGGAUCACGCUGCACGAGCUCGCCCGCACAACACCUCGGACACGCUGUCAAUCAAUGAGACCCGGACUUGGAUCUAUCAGUUAAUCGAUCCAAUUCUCAAAGCCUGUACAAUGAUCCAGAGAAACUUGCAGCAACUGGAUUGGCAGAAGGAAGAGCUGAUGCAAGCUGAGAACAAUGUUGAAGAAUUGCGGAGAUUGGCGACGAUUCGAGUGACUUCAAUAGAAAUCUUAGCGCUAUCGAUUCCCGAAACCGUUUGUCGGAGUCAAAAAUGUGCAAAGUAUGAAAGGAUUGGUGGAAAAGAAACGUUGAUCUACAGGGUUUGCCACAAAGAUUGCAAACCAGGCGAUAAUGGAAAGCUAGACGGAUGUGCAGUAUUUCGUGGUGGCUUCUGCAUUAAAUGCUCCUGUCACCUAGAUGAUCACGAGCGAAUCUCGUACGAACAACGCAUCACCACAAAAUCUCUGGAAAACCCACAAAAACUCGCCUCAGAAGCGAAUGCAGCCAAGAUGAAGAAAAAUUCGAUUCGAAAAUUUGAGCGACUCAUCAAUGGAUAUCAAAAAGAAUCCAAUUACAUUUUAUUCGCAAUGGCAACUUUUUCUGCUUUCAUUGCUGAGAAUGGGAUCACUCAGAAAACGAAUCUCUUUGAACAACACUUACAGAAGCUGAUUGUUGCCGAAGAAAAGAAAAUGAAAAGCGUAGCUGGGGUGGAGGCGGAUGAAUUCCAUCGACUGCGCGAUCUCAAGGUGACUUAUGGAGAUAUUUGCAAACAAUUUUUUCCUCAACGAGACUCGGCAAAGAUCUCACUUGAUGAGCUGCAAGAAAUUCGACAAAAGUUGUUCUCUUUGCCGCUGAAUGGCGCAAUUAUUGCAGAGAUUUUCGAUAUUCAUGUGAAAACCGAUCAUCAGGAUUAUGAGGCAACUGUGACACGCUGCGAGAAAUCGAUGUUUCAAAAAAUCUGCGGUGAUGUGAAGAAAGUGUUCUCGUUUUUUGGUGGCUCCACGAAA